GGUCAACACACAUCAGGAAAACUUGGUGCGGUAUCUUCAGAAGAUGAUGAAGAUGAUUUUUCACCAUAUGGGGAGACAAGCCGAGAUGAGGCUAAGGAAGGGUAUUGAAUACUUUUAUUUAUUUACUUAAUUUUAUUUACUUUUAUUCAGCUAUGUGGCCCCUGUGGUAGCCAGUCAAGUCACCCUAAAGUUGUCUCGCCUGAAGUUGUGGCCCCCGAAACCAGAGUUAUGUCGCCUGAAAGUUCUAGUUUAGGUACUAAAAAUGCUGGGUUAUGUGUGGUUCCGGGUGACAUAACAGGCGAGAUGGCUUUCGGGUGACUUGAUCAUAAACCAGCCCCAACCCAUGUCUGCCUAAUGAAGGAUUCCACUUAGACAAGUGAAUUUUAUAUAAAGAAAUGGGACGAAAAGUUUUGGGCUCACUCAAACCUAUGUCACUAAAAAACUGUAAUUUACAGGAUCUGCCUCAUGUGUUGUCUAGUUAAUACAGGCUCCAUUGUGCAUCAUUAUUCACCAUAAUGUUAAUACAGCUUGUACUAGUAGAAAAUUACAAACACAAUUUAAAAACAUUAUAAAUUUACACUACCUGUAAGUACCUACUGUAGCAGAGGUUCUUCAAGGAAGGUACAUGAAGAUAUGCCCUUAAAUAGGAUUUCAAUAAAUUAUAAAUGAAGCAACAAAUGCAUGGAUAGACAAACAAACAAAAAUAAGAUAAUAAAAAACCAUUAUGAAAUAAAAAAACCAUUAUGAAAAGAUGUAGACAAUAACAAUUAACAAAACAAAAAAAUGAAAUAAAAGUUGAAUUAUGCUGGUAACCAGUGUCAUUUGCAUUUGGGCUGAAUAUCGGCUGAUUUGUAUUUUCUACUCACUUGAUAUCUCUUUGUUUUUAGUGACUCAGAUGUGGAAGGAGACGAAUUGGCUCAACCAGAGUUUAGAGGACUGUGGGAGGAAGGUGUUCAAAAGGUUAGUUUGUAGAUCUUGCAACAAUUAUGAAGUCUUUUUUUCCAUUUGUAUGCUGGAGAGGCUUGAGAGCUGUAAGAUAUGUGGCUUCGGAGAAAGGUCUUAAACAUCACUUGGUCUGACAAAGUCUGUAAGGAUUACAGACACGUAAUUAUUGAGGCACGUUGGUGAGGAGAGAGCCAUAAUAUCUGUUAUCAACAGAAGACAAAAAGUCUGCUGGCUUGGUCAUACCCUUCGACAUUGUGAUCUUGUCCCGGUAGUUAUUGAGGGAAGAAUAAUAGGAAAGAGACCACCUGGAAGACCUUGAGCAAGAAUGCUGGAUAGAGUAAAGGACGACAGCCCUUACAUAGCAGUCAAGAGGCGUGCCUUAGAUCGAGAACUAUAAGGAAGGACCUGCCUCCGGGCAGAACGCACACACACACACAUGUGCAACUGCCAUGGUAUGAAAGGGAACUGUUAGCAGGAUGAAAAUUUGAACACUGUAUGAGUAGGUGAGAAUGUUUAGCCCUGGAUAGAGGGAUAGAAGAGGAGAAACACAAUACAUGUGCUUGUUGUUUUCCUAGGAGGUAGCGAGGGGUGGUGGUUUAUGUUUACUGUCUGAGGUGUCUGUGUGGACAGUUUGUCUGCAUUGUAGCAAUAGAUUUAACCUUAUUUUGAUCUGUUGUAUUUAGGGAUCUGAUAAAAAAGAACAGAGGUUCAAAUUUACAAGUCAUAUGCCCAGUAAAAUGGAACAGGUAAAUUCAGUUUAAAAAAUUAUUGAUAAAGUCAUCUAGGAUUGCUGGAUUGGUUAGUUUUUAACUUUGGUGUACUGUAGAAUGAAACCGUGAACUUGCAUGGAGCGUUAAAGCAUUUGGCAUUUAAAUUAACUGAAACAUGUAGACAAGUAUUCAGCUUGAUCCAGCUUCAACCAGUUGACUGAAUAUUAAAACACAUAAAAAAACAGCCUUUAUAGUUAAAACUGCUGCUAUUUUCGUAUCUGUGACACAUUGCACUCAUCCCCUCACUCACCCUCCUUCACUGAAAGUUGUUCCUUUGAGUUUUGAGCAUGGUCUUGUAUUAUGAGCAAUUUUGGUAAGGGGAGGAGGGGAGAUCACAAGCACAAGAUCAUGAGCAGUUCUUUGUUUCAUAGGAAAUGAUGGAAAGAGCUCUCAUGAAGCAAAGAGCUGGAAUAGUACAAAAACAGGUUGCCGCAGGAAGAGAAUUUAAGGUGAGUGGUUAAAUAAAAGAACUUUUUUUUUUCUUUUUUGGAUUGCUGGUGUUAAUUUGUUUUCUUGUAGUCCUAACUUUACAGCAAUAUUGCAUGUAAAAUUUAUUAUUCCGUAUUUUCUUUGCAUUGUUAAUCCUUGUUUUUUUUUUGGCUUGUAGGGUUGUGCAUUUUACAGCAAACCUGAAGUUAUUGUAUUCAAGGUUUGUUAACCAUUAAUUCUAUGCCUGUUCAUCUUUACUUUCAUUCUCUUGAAAAUUUUAGCGACACACUCAUGGCUUCAUCUUUUUGUUUUUCUGUGCCAGGACUUUGAUGUUGGGAAAUCAUACAAGAAGAAAAUUCUGCUGACAAACAUCUCUUAUACUCAGAAUUACUGUAAAUAUGUCGGAAUGUCCCACUUACUGAAAGAUUUCAUUGAAGUGUUGUAAGUAACAAAAGGCUAGGACUGAUGGUAAAUUUUAAGCUCUGUUAUGAAACAAAUGCGACUUUUUGCAUUUUUACAAUAUGUGCUAGCCUGAGAAAAAAGCCGACAUUUCGUAACACCACCACUGGUUUCCCUUCAAAAUGAUGGGUUAGAAAUGAGCGAAGUAAUUCCUUACUUAUGACUCAUCACUACCCAGAUCUGGGUAAUGCUUCUGAUAAGUCAUGCUGCAUGGGAAAUUUGCUUCAACCAGUCGGAAGCACCACCUAGAUCUGAGUAGUGUGGCAUCGUCAGUAUGGAAUUUCUGUGCUUUUUUCUCAGUAGUCAUUUUGUGGGGAAACCAUUGGUGGCGUUGUGAAAUGUUGGCUGUUUUUUCAGGCUAAAUACUUUCUGGUUUACAAAUGCAGUGGAAGGGAAAGCAGUGAGUUAGUUCACAUGCAUUUUCUGGCAUUUACAUUUGCAUUCUGAAUUGUUGGUGUGUACCAGCCUUUAAUGAGAGUUGCGUGGGCAAACAAAUCAAUGUAGAAACUACAACCUUCUGAAAGACAAGAUGACCUUAGAAGCACGCAAAGCAUACUUUAUAACGACAUUAUGAAAUGAUUUAGGCAUCCUACUAGUGUCAAUUGUUCAGUUGGCUAGAAAGUUCAAGACAUGAAUUGAAAUGCCUUUUGGGACUAUUUUUCUCCAAUGUGCCAUCCUUACUAGCCUAUCCACAGAUGUUUUUCUUUUUUUUGACAAUUGGAUAGCAUGUGGCUGUGAGCAGGCAACAUCCUUCUGCAUACUUAACAGCAGUCUUUUCAGUACUAAAUCUCUAAGAGCAGUGUCUUCCACUUGAUUAUGUUAAGCACAGCAGUAGUCUAAGAAGUGUUGUUGUUGGUUAACUCAAUUUUUUUCUUUUUCUUCCAUUUUUUUUUCACUCAGUUUUGACCCCCCUGGUGUCAUGUCUGCUGGACUGACUUGUGAUUUUGCGGUCACUUUUAAGCCCAUGGUGAGAUGAUUUUUUGAAAACAAAAUGAUAAAAUUUUACACUCUUUUUAAACUACAGGCCCCAGUUGUUUAAAAGUUGAAUAGCGCCAUCCACUGGAUAAAUCAUUAUCCAAUGGAUAAGUAUUAGGGAAACCAAAUGCGCUAUCCAGUGAAUCGUGAUUUAUACGGUGGAUAGCGCUAUCCAGCUUUUGAACAACUGGGGCGAGGUCAUUUCUUGUGUAUGGCAUAUCAUAUUGCUUGCCAGCAUAUUCCAGUUUCCUAUUAAUGUAUCCUAUUUUUUGUUCCUGCACUUGUCAUCUUCAUGGUAACCCUGGUUAUUGACUCUUUCCUUUGAUGCAUUCUCAUCCAAACCUUUGCUCCCUAAAUUUCAUGCACAGUUUAUCAGAAAAGAUAACAGCCUACUGUACCCCCUCGUGGGAUGAUCCAGCUUGUAUCUCAAAAAAUCGUUUAUAUUGUUAUUUCUUUUUUCUUUUAAAUGUUCACUUUGAUUGCAGUUGAAUGAAGAUUUGGAAGGUCACAUUGACUUCCUCGCACAAACAGGACCAUUUUCAGUUCCCAUUAGAUGUGUAACAAAGAAAUGCCAGGUAUUUAGUUGCCAUAAUCAUCAUCCUUUAACCACUCAGUUGUGAUAUUGUCGCGCUACAUCUUAAGGUUAUUCCCUUGUUUUGCGCUGCGCAUCAACCACUGUGAAAAACAUUGCAAUUUCAAAGAUGGCGGUGAUUGUCACUGGUUGCCUAGGGAGAGGUAUUAAAGGCCCCUUUUGUAGUCAAAAUGCUUAUCAUAGCGAUUUUGAUAUCUCUUCCCUGCUGAAAAGAUGCUUGUCUUGAAUCUCAACCCAGUCCCUUCAUUCAAAAUGAUCGUUUGAAAUUGUCCCCUUGAUUUCUUUUUGCGAUGAAACGAGAAAGGAGACCCCCUUUUUUAUUGGUGUUUUUUACUCUUAUGAUUAUGGCUAUACGUAAAAAAUAUAUCUUAGGGAGAAAAACAGACAACUUCUUGAUGUGUAAUUCCAGAAAAUCUCCAUCCUGAAGGGAUUGAAAAUCUUGUGCAAGGAAGGGUUCUCCCAGAUCGAACUGUUAAAAGGGUGACCGGUCGUUUCGCCUACGAGUCGUUUUGCUAACGUCUUAUGUGGUUCCGCUAAGAAGCGAAACGAGCGCUGCGCAUGUUCUCUCAGGCAUGAUACAAAAAAGUGCGAUAUGCGUGUAUAUACCUCGUUCUUUCAGCCACCGAUCAGGCGAAAGCCGAGUUAGGGAACUGACCCAACACGUAUGCGAAACGACUUCGCAAGUUGGCGAAGAGGACGUUGGUGAAACGACUCGCUGGCGAAACGAGCGUAAACCGUUAAAAGAAAUUUAUGAAGCUGGAGAGGGCUGGGGGUCUUAAAAAGCCCUUCGUGGGUGUUGUAUUUAUAUUUUUCAAAAGGGGUGCCUCUAUAAGAAGAACACCUUCAAUUGAGGAAGCGUUGGGGCUUGCCGUUCUUUCAUCAUUCUAUUUGACUCUCUGUACAGACAUCAUUUGAAUAAAAUGUUGCAAACUCUUUCCAUUUCAGUUCAAAAAUUUAAACUGAAGUUUCUUGACAUUUUUGCUUUUCAUUCUUAUUGCCACAGAUUUCUGUGGAUGUCACUGAGGUAGAGUUUGGUAGUCAAGUUUUGGGAGAAACGAGAAGGCGAAUCAUCAACGUUACGAACAACGGAGCAUUGGGAACAGAGUUUAUUUUUAAAAAAAUAACAGGUAUUCUCUGAAGUUUUAGAAAGAUGUAUGGUGUGACUUGUAGUGUGACGAAUUGUACUUUAUUGCGUGACAGAAUGUUCGUAUAAAACUGCGAUGUAUUCUUCAGCUACAGGAUGUUUGGGAUAGUAUUUUUGGUAUGACCACUUGUAAAAUUUUGCUGUGUUCGAGGAUACACUAACGGCAUCUUAUUUCUUGAAAACCACUUGAGGCGGAAAGUUGGGAAUUAAAUAAAACCAUUUUUGCUGUGUUACAGUUAAGUAUUCAAAUAUAAGCUCUGUGUAAGUGGAUGAAAGCAAGUGUAAUUCUAAAGGAAAGAAGUCGUUGGCAUAAUGUGACUUUCCCGUUGUUUUUGUAGGUUUGGCAAGGUCAGCUUCAACUUCGGAACUAAGUUCCAUUGGUGGAAUGGUAAUAAUUGUGUUGUGCGUUAUUGACCAAUGUUUGGCCAAUAUGGCUGGAUAUUGGCCAAGUUCUUUUUGCGUAAUUAUGAACGGAGGUGAAGUCGAAGUCAAUAAGUGCUGAAAUCAGGACAGUUGAUAGCCAAUCAGCUUUGAGAAUUUUGUAAGCACAAAAAGGAAUGAGGCCAAUAUACAGCCCUCUUGACCGAACAAGCUUGGUCAAUAAAGGAUUUAUUAUAUGGCAAAAAGUAACUUUUUCCUUGCGGGACCAACUCAGGAAAUCCCGAGCGGGCAAGGUGGUCCCAUCUCGUCCGCUCGGGUAGCCAAUCAGAAUGGAGGAUUCACUUCACCUUGUCCGUUCGCGGAUUCUACAUAAUAGAGAGCUUUAGAUUCGAGGACGACUACGACUACGACUACGAGAUUACGACUACGAGUACGCGUAUUCUCAAAAUAUAGACUCCCCGGAAAGUUUCAUUUUACCAUUUUUCACUUGAAAAGUGAGCACUUUUGUCUUUAGUGAAGGAGGUUACGCCCUCUCCCGAUCGCAAAAUGAUCAAACUUCUAACAUUUGAACUUUUUUUCCGCCACUUCGACAUUCUCGCUAAGACUCGUAGUAGAGUGACGACCACUACCACGUUUUCCCGCUAAAAUGACGUUGGUUCUCGCACAACCGCUUCUUAGUACUGAAAAAUCUCGUACUCGUUGUCGUGCUCGUCUUAAAAUCUAAAGGUCUCGAUUAAACUAAAGUAAUUGUAAAUGGUUUGAAGACAAGUUUAGUUUGUUUAUACAAAUACUAAUGCUUUGCUUGUAACUUUUCUCUCAGACUGUUACUGAUGGUGGACAGCCAGAGUACAACCAAACAAAUGGUGAACUGCAGAAUGUGGAGGGAAUGGCGGCGGAGGAUGUUAAAGAAGCGCAAGGUGGCGGUACGACAGAAGCAACUGGACAUGUGGAACAAGAAGGUUCUACAAAAAGUCUGUUUUUGGCUCCUUCUUUCGUGAAUAUAUUGUGUGUUUUCACAUGACGUCACGGCGGCCAUAUUUGUGUCCCAAAACAAUGAAACGGCGGCCAUGUUUGUGUCCCAAACCAGUCCUGUGGGAGUUGAACUCUUUUCUUAUGUAUAAAACGCUUUCUUUUGUUCCAAUAAAUUUGCAUAGAUGCUGGCCACGUGAGGGAAAACACAGAAUUGACACAAACUUUGCAUUUUUCCACCUUUUCAGUGCCCAGUCAAAGAAAAAAACAUCCAAAUAGUAUCUCACAAAUUCACUCACCCACUGACAUAUCGGAAGGUUUGAUUCAUUCUGUAGUCAAAACAAAAUGAACAUUUACAAGGGGUUGGUCAAGUUUUGGUGUUGCCCUCUGACAUAAAAUUAGCGUAGUCUAAAUGUUAUCAAUUUUUAGUACACUGAUAGAUUGAUCUUCGGCAUUUGUUCAAGUGUUUUUCUAAAUUUGUUCAUUCUCCACUCCACAGAGGGUGAAAGUCUAGAGAAGGGCUUAGAUCCCCAAACCGGGAGUGCAGUUAAGUUUGAGGAAGGAAUGGGCACUACUGAGGGUGAUGCUUCAGCAGCACCAGAGGGAACUGGGGACGAACAAGAAGGUUUGUAGACAACAAUAGAGAGGAGAAGAGUGACGUCACGUUACCAUGCCAGCAAAAUUUCUGGAUCACAACGACGAGGAACUUAAGCAACGACGACGUUGACGGCAACGAGAACGGCAAAAAAGUAGUAGGUUUAUAUUAGCAAAAACAACAACUUGGCACGUGCUUUUUUGCACGCUUUUUUGUACAUUUCUUAGCCGUCGUUGCCAUAUCGCGACAUGAAACUUCCUAAUUUAACGCGCCCGCUUUAUAGAGUAUACAAGGCAAAAAAUUUCUUUUGCUAUUUCUAACUUAGAUACGGUCCUUUCGGAUUCAAGCCAGAAAAUUUCGCAAACAUUUUGACAAAUUAAAUGAAAUUGAAUAAGAUCGAGGAAGUUUGAAACAGUGCGAAUUCACUUUUCAAGUGACAUUUUUGGUUUGUUGUCAUCCAGAAAUUUUGCUACCAUGGCAACGUGACGAAAGGACUUCUCCUGUCCGUUUCCGAUAUUUUUUCUUGGUAAUAUUCCACGCUGUUUUUGCCAGCAGUGUGAAAUGGUACGCUUAUUUCUAAACCGAAGGAGUAUUUUACAGUUAUUGAGUUUUCGUUGACAUUCAUGAUAAUGAAUCCAACCUCUGUUUGCGUUUUGUAUCAAAGUAUGGUUUGAUUUUAUUUCAGUAGAGCUUGUUCCUGCUGUAUCUGCCUCAUCACCAGUUCCAACCGAAGUGUCCAUAUUAGAAGGCCUAAGGGUUGGAAAGGUCAGUAACAACUAUGACUUCGGCUAACCGCUGCACCAUUCUUGGUUAAUAGAUGGUAGUUGAUAAAUUAAAAGUCAUGAUAAUGUAUAUCCGACGUUUCUGGUUUUUCCGACUUGAAUAGUGACCCGUUCGGACAUACGUCUUUUCUAAAAAGAAAAAUUAUUUGUAGACCUGUUAACGUACAGAAUUUCACUGUCGAGUGUCCAGCUUUCAAUACUAAACCUAGCAGUGUGCGGAACGCGCGCUAGAUAAUUAGAGUAGUGUAGGAGCUGCUCGUAAGGUCUGUCCUAACUGGUCGCAGAAAACAAUGACAUGUCAUUCUUUCAAUUGUUUUAGUAUUGUUUGGGGUCAGAGUUAGGCACCAUUGAUGACUUAUCUUCCGAGCAGCUGCUACAUGACCGGAUAACCAUGAACCUGGUAAAUGGCCCAUCUAGCUAUGAAUCUCUGCGUAAAUCAGGUUGUUUAUAGUAACAAACUGGUGAAUGGGAUGCCAUGAGUUUGGGCUCAACUGUUCUUUGUCCCAUCACUUAUUGAUAAUGUCUUUAUUAAAGACGAUUUUUUAUUUACUUUAUUAUUUCCUUUAUGUUUUAUCAUCAGCUUACCUCUGGUGAAAUUACACCAUUUUCAAUAGUCCAGCUGGAGGUGAUAUUUAACCCUCUCAAGUCAGGAAAUGCAGUCGCAGAAUUUGAGAUUUCCUUUUCUGACCCUCUGUCGCCACCCGUAAGUAGAAAACACGAAGACAAGUCAUGGAGCAGUCUUCAAAAAACCUUGCUUUAAGGGCGGGCUACAUGUAUGUUACAAAGAUAUUACUGUUUGAGGUCAAUUCUUUGCUAAACUCAUUACUUAGUAAUUAGUGCGUUUGAUCGUACACUAAAUGCUCUUGUAGAGUGAAAAAGAAGAUAUUAAACAAAUUUCGUCACGGAAAAAUAAUCCUAAUAGUUUUUUUUCGGUGAUUUUUGUAGGCGUAGUAUUGAAACUUGAAAAAGUUGGCCCAACGAAGAGUCCAUGUUUUGAUCUUUUCAUCCAUUGGCUGAUAAAUCAAAUAACACUUACCGAAACUAUUUUUCAAGGUCAUACGAAAAUCGCUCUAUCGAUCUCAUAGACCUGUAAAAAACCAGCACACUCACAUGCUUCUGUGAUAGAGAUUCUUCUCAGUAGCCGAGGAAUGAUUACUGUUUAAAGUGGAUCGAUGUUUUUGUCAUGUGUUUGCUCUGAAUCUAACCAAUUUUCUAACCCAGCAGCAGUUUACCAAGGAUCUCAGAAUGCCCAACACUUGAAUUUGAGGACAAACCUCACUGACUGAGUUAAUUUUUUUCUGGUUCUCCGACAGAUAAUGAUCCGUGCUAGAGGUACAGGGAUUGAUGUUCCUGUCUGGGUGCAACGAGAGGUACCUCAUUCAGUCUUUAUAUCGUCUUCUUAUUGUUUUCCCGACAUAAACAGUUUGAUAUGUUCUGUACCAGAGCAAAACUUGACACUUUUGCCUUUGUGAUGUGUCCUUUAAUCAGCAAGAGAUUUAAAGGAAUUUGGUUUUUAAAUUUUUCAAAACGGUACAUUCCAUAACACGCAAACUGUACCAGUUAUACGAGCAUUUCAGUCGCGUCUUAGCUUAGUCGCGUCUUAUAUAAGAGACGAAGACAUUUUUUGUGCCAUUUAUACAGGAAGUUCGCAUCCUAUUUAAGACGCGACUCACUGCUAGUUGUUUUUAGCGUUUUACGACAUGAGAUUUGGGAUUUAACUUGAAUUUUUUUUACGAUUAUUGAAAUGAGAAGGCUUAACAGACACUUUGCUUGGUUAACAGGUUGUGGAUUUGAAGAUGUGUAUGUAUGACAGACUCUAUCAAGAUGCAAUUCUCGUCAACAACAGGUAAUUUCAGCUGUCGUUUAUUUAAUGAAACAAGGCAGUCAGCUUUACAAAUUAACGGUUUUAUGUAUCUACACAGAGCCACGUCAGCUCUUAGGCUGAAGUUUGAAGUUUGUAAAGAACUCAGAAGUCAUCUGGAGCUUCUCCCGAAAACAGCCUACAUCCAGGCUGAGUCACAGUUUUCUGCUCAGCUCAAGUUUCUUCCCAGGUGAAAACUGUUUUUCUGUGAGUAAAAUUGAGGGAUAUAAUGGUUUUUAAUGUAUGCGUGUCGAUUGUUGUAACAUGUGUCGAAAGACUAGAACUAGUAAUUAUUCUGACCAAUCUCAUAAGUUAUGGAAAAGCCGAUAAACCAGUGAGAUCUCAAAGCUUAUGCAUGCAACCGGUGAAAAGCGCGGGUAAACGAGUGCGAGCACGUCGCGAUUGGUUUCGAUUUGACUUCUGAUUGGCUAAAUGUAAAAAUGGCGUAAGUAUUCAGCCAAUGAAAUCGUUAACCGGUGAAAAGCGCGGGUAAACGAGUGCGAGCACGUCGCGAUUGGUUUCGAUUUGACUUCUGAUUGGCUAAAUGUAAAAAUGGCGUAAGUAUUCAGCCAAUGAAGACGUGUAAUAAUGCAAGUACCACGAAUUGCCAUCAAACUACCCACUAAAAGCGCUAACAUCGUUGAAUAAAAAUGGUGUAAAGUAAAAAAAUACUUCAUUUCUUCCCUUUUUCUUUUCUUGUUUGGACAAAUGUUUUGUCGCUGUCACCCCCAGAAUCAUUAAGAAAGAAAUUUUAAAAUCUACAGGUAGUUAUAACUUUUUGAGUUUUUGAACAAAAUCCUAUGGUUUGACCAUUCAAAUAUAUCCUCCUUAGCGGUACUUUUGAAUGGUGCUAUUGGUUACCCAGUAUUUCACAAAAUGAAAUUUGGGUCUUUCUCAGGAAUUUGCUUGAGAUACCUCGUCAAUUGUGUUGCUGUUUCCAGUGUCAUUAAACUUUUACCUAUCUCAAUUGAUUGUAGGCAAACCUUACCAGAUGACUGCCCUACAUAUUUCGACCGUGAAACCAGGUUAUUGGAGGCGCCAAUGGUAAUAAGAGUAGCAGAUCAGGUAUCUUAUAUCUCUCCAUUUGUGGCUGCACUGAAAAUGAUUCAGAAGGCGGUAUUUUGUGGUUGUUGUUGUUGUUGUUGUUUUGAAUAAACGGUCCACGUCUUUGUUAAGAUUGUUGACGUUAAUUUGCGACUCUCGUUUCGAAUUGUCCAGUGAGCUAGCUUUUUAUUAUUUGCACGAAGUCUCUCAGAUGCCUUUUAUUGUUCCAAUGUUAUAGCCCAGAUGUAUUCUUAUAGAUCUCAUGUAGAAGUCAUGAUUACAAUUUUUUCCAUGUCUUAACGCUUCGGGGACAAGCUAAAUUCAAACUGUGGGUGUGAGAGUGGCGGGAAAAAAACAUGUUUUACGAGGAACUUUCUGCAAUACACGUUUAUCGUUGACAAAGUUUUUUUUAACGUUUUUGUAUGGAUGGUUUUCUUUGCAGACUCGCCCAGUUCCCUUUAAAGUCAGAGCUGUAGUGACGUCAUCUGACAUAGAAUUCAACAUGCAAGAUAUUGAUUUUGGUUUCUGUACAGUUUAUGAAUCUGUGCGUCGAACGGUCACCAUAACGAACAAGUCGGUACUUCCACAACCUUUUGGCUUCUGUGGAGUACCCGAUGUAAGUGAAAUCACUUUCCAAGAAUGAGAUUGUUUCGUCCCAUGUAGAGUAAUCCCCAUUCCGGAAUCCGGGAAAUUCUUUUCUUGUGGAAUUCCGGAAUCUAGGGUUUUGGAAUCAAGAAUUCAGCUCAUGGAAUCCGGAAUCUAAAUUCCACUGACAAGUAAUCCUGAAUCCACAGCGUGGAAUCCAGAAUCCAAAGCUGAAGAGUUCAGAAAGUUCAUCACAAAUUACAGUCGGAUUAGGGUUCUUUCAAUGACUGAAUGAAUGAACAUUUUUAAGAUAAAAUUUACUGCAUGUGAACCGUGAGGUACAGUUAAACCUCCCUAUUACGGACAGUUCUGUCGGUCUUAAAGAUGCCAAACCUAUAAUCAGGGUUCGUGGAGUCUUGAAUUCUUGAAAAGUCUAAAAUUUGCCUAGCAAUUUUCACGACCUUAAAAAUGAACAGAAAAUGGAGAUUAAGUCUUGUAAAAUGGUAAUUUUUUUUUUAAAGCUACAACGAGUCCUUUAGUUAUAAGUGAAAUUCGUUUCGUUUUAGUCAAAUCUUAUUAAAUCUCGUCCGUAGUUAGCAGCACAUCAUGAAAAAGGCUUUGUUCCUGCGAUUUUUAGAAAAACGCCGGAAUGUAUUGAUCACUAGAUUUGAUAACCUUGAGGCUGGAAAAAGAAAUUAUUGUUUUGGAAAAAAGUCGGGCAAAAGUCUUGAACUUUGAAUCCAAAAAUAUGUACGAACCCUGUAUAAUUCUUCUAUAAUAUGACGGUCACUCCUGUAAAGCAAACGUAUGGCUCUCGCUACUUGGUGAGUGAGACUGGGUCUGUGUUGUGUCCGACUGCAAUGUGGGACUGUUUGAAAGACGAAUUUUGACCCAGUUCCUCCGUAACCUCGUUAUAGCCAAUGAAAUAAGCGAUAGCAUCCUCUAAACAAUCCCAUAAUGCAACUAGACACAGCACCGGCCCAGUCUCGCGCAAAUUCACCAUUUUCACAUAGACCACUUUACUUAACCUCUACAAAUUUUGCAUAACCAUUGUUUCCAAUUUCUCCUGGCUAUUGCAGUCGUCCCAAGACAAUUCAAAGACAUUGGUUUUGCAAAAUUUGGGGGGGGAGGGGUUGUAACCAAGGUGUAUUAUCGUCUUUAUCAAAGUGGUGAAUUAAAGAGGUUUGAAUGGCACUAGAGUAGAUGUCUAAUCCUAUUCCGUACUUGUUGUAGACGGUUGAUGUUCAGCCUAAUGAUGGAUUUGGUACAUUGUUACCACUGGAGAGUUUUGAUCUGGAUAUCAUGUUCAAUGCUAAAAAAGCCAAGGUGAGCACUGUAGCUGUUUCUUCCAGCUGGUCCUCAGGUUUAUAGUUAUUUAAAUAAGGGUGCAUUUUAAAGUUUACCCAGACCUGUGUUUUUGCUUACUCCGGAAUACGAGUUUGCACUAACCUGUUUUAUUUUAGUUAUUUACUCGAGAAUACGAGUUUGCCCUAACCUGUGUUGUUGUUGUUUAUUCAAGGAUACGAGUUUGCCCCACCCUGUGUUGUUGUAGUUGUUAACUCAAGAAUACGAACUUGACCUAAUCUGUUUUAUUUUAGUUAUUUACUCAAGGAUACGAGUUUUUCCUAACCUGUGUUGUUGUUGUUUUUUCAGGAAUACGAGUUUGAUCUAACCUGUUUUGUUGCUGUUGUCUUUGUUUGUUGUUUAUCCAGGAAUACGAGUUUGACCUAACCUGUAAAACGGGAAUCGGUCGUGAGUUCAAGAUUCAUUGUCGAGCCGUUGGCGUUCUUCCCCCGCUGGAGCUGUCGCACUCUGUGAUAAAAAUGAAAGCCACGGCUGUUAGUGACACGUGCUCUGCUCAUAUUGAAGUCAUCAAUUCACACACCAGCGCCAAUGAAUUCACUCAUCCUGUGCCAAGAAUUGGCUCAGGGCCCAUUGUUGAGGUGGGCCCAACGUCGUUUGAAUUUGUGGUCCCUGCCGGUGCACCGCUGACCGUGUCUCCAGCUGUUGGCACUGUCAAUCCUGGAGAGGUAAGAUGCUCGUAAUUUUCGCGCGAAAAAAUCCUAAAACACCGAAGAUAAUCUCGAAUUUCCAAAGGUGUACGUUAACUAUAUGUCAGCGGAUUAACUCGGUACUUUGUUUCAGCGGUGUUUGGUUCACGUGACUUUCACCCCUCGAAUGGAUCCAAAUAUGGUGCGGUUGGAGGGCGUACGCAUGAUGGAGCGGGAAGCUGAGGCUGAGAGAAAGAGACUAGAGCAGGCCUCCCCCCAAGACAAACCACAGGAACAACCCGCUGGGCAGGUGAGUCUGCAGUCAUGCCUUUUCUUUUUCAGCGGUCGCAUAUAGCAGAAAUGCAUAGCUCCCCCAAGACGAAUUGAAUGGAGCUGCUUAGAAAAUUGAUCUGACUUUAGUCAAAGUGACUGUGCAAUUGCAAUUCAGUGAUGACCUUGUACCUAUAGCCGGCUUUAUCUAUAUCUUUUUCUAAGAACGAUCUUUAGAGUUUUUGAGUAGUGGUCUCGUGGUGUUGUUUUUCCUUCUUCCAUGAUCUGUGUCCUCAAGUCACGCCCUGAAGUUCUCCGUUCUUAGUGUCGGGUAACGAAGACUUACCUCUGUUAUUAAAAUUACCCAUUUCUUAGUUUCUGAUUAGAUCACGUUUCAAUGCUUUAAACAGAAAAAGAAGGGCGGUAAAGCUGUUCCCGCUGGUAAGAGCGCCAAGACAUCACCAAAGCGAGGCAGUACACCGAGCGUGCCAAACAUGGCCACUAGUUCCAAGACCCCCGUCAAAACCUUCACCAUUGAUGACGUAAUCGAUGGGUGAGUUUACGAUGUUACGAAAAUAUUACAAUACUUUGUGUAUUUUUGGUUUCUUUUGUCUUUGAUACGUAAAAGGAUAAGCUCUUGCCCUUUCAAUGGUCACUUCAACAAUGAUCGCGACGUAUCGACUCUUGCUACUGGUUUUCAUAAAGUGAUGUCGUCGACUGGAUUUUAUUUACUUACAGGGCGACAAGUUUUGCUCUUACAAGUAGAUCACAAUGUUUCCUUCCUUUCUGGCACAAGGAAGAAGUUAUCCUUCCCCCCGUGUCGAUAAUCGAAUUCCGAAAUUUGCAGUUUUACAUGCGUAGAAGGCCCAAAAAGUGCCAGUUUAUUAUUUCUGAAUUAUGUAGAGUAUAUAUAGAUGUAAAUGUUGGUCUUACUACUGCUGUUUUUGUAGCUGCUGAGUUGUAAUUCUACGUGAAAUCUUUGUUGUAGGUCAAAUGAAUACGAAUCUGCACACUUGGCUUUGCUGAGAACUUACCAGAACACAUUUUCUCGUUUUGUGAUCCCUUGCUUCGUAGCACCGGGACGUUGCACUGAACCAAAUAGCCUUUCUUGCAGGUAA